CGGCGGAGCAAUCCCUGCCCUUGCCCGCCUGGGAGAAGAAGUCCCGGACCCAUGGAGAGGCGGGCUCCAAGAUGGCGGCGCGGGCGAAGGGCCGCGAGGCGUCGUAACGGAGCCGCCUCUGAGGGGAGUGUUGUGCCGGAGGCCCUGAGCAGCGGAGGCGGGCCGCCUGAACGAGACGAGAAGGGCCCCCAAAGGAGCACUCGGAGCAGAUCAAAGAUGGCCCCAUCCUGUGAACGGUUACAAUUCCGCUUCCCCAGUUACGGUGACGGGGUGCUGCAUCGCAUGGACCAACUCCGGGAGCAGCGGCGCUUCUGUGAUGUGACCGUCCAGGUGAACGAACUGCGGGUUCCUGGGCACCGCGUGGUCUUUGCAGCCUGCUCCCCUUUCUUGCGGGACCAGUUUCUGCUCAAUGACUCACAAGAAGUGUCUGUCUCGCUCUUCCAGAGUCCCGAGAUUGGACGCCAGCUUCUGCUCUCUUGCUAUACAGGGUGCCUUGAGGUGCCCAUCAAAGAGUUGGUCAACUACCUGACAGCUGCUUCCUUCUUACAGAUGGGCCACGUGGUGGAGCGCUGUGCCCAGGCAGUCUCCCACUACUUAGUCCCCAAAGCUGAUGCUCUAUUACGGGAUGAACAAGGGGAGGGGAGCUAUUUACAGCAGGACGGAGAGGAAGAGGAAGAGGAGAAACAGCCUUCUUCACCCACGGAGGAGGCAGACUCUGAAGGAAGCAAGGCAGAGGGGGCUGAGUACACCCCACGUAGUUCCUGUGGACCCUCGUCCCCAGCCAUCUCACUCUCUCUGAUCAACUCUGCUGUAGAAAUCACUCGCAACUAUUUGCAGGGUUGCUACGACGAUGAAACAAGCAGCGAAGGGCUUCCCUUCCCACCUCCAGCUCCCACCCCAGCUUCCCAGUGGAGGAACUACCCCUUGCAUCGCCACCGCCACAGCACGGCCGUUGCCUACAGAGACUGGAAGACAAGCAGCGGGACGGCGGUGUGGAAGGUGCCAGGACUGGAGCGACCCUACCGCUGCCCGCGCUGCAGCAGCGUGUUUCAGCAGCUGGGGAAUUUUGUGAGCCAUGUGCAAGAACACAAGCUCUUCCUGUGCCUUCGCUGCGGCAAAGUCUUCUCUCAGAAAAGCAACCUCACACGGCAUAUCCGGGUGCACACGGGCUUCAAGCCCUUCCAGUGCCCCAUUUGCCGCAAGUGCUUCACCCAGAAUGCCACCCUCCAGGACCAUCUCAACCUGCACAGCGGCAUCAAGCCUCACCGGUGCAACUACUGCGAGAUGCACUUCACCCACAAGCCGGGCCUCCGGCGCCACCUGAAGGAAAUGCAUGGCAAGAGCACCGUCCAGAACAGCCACGAAGAGAUUGAAGAGGUCACCAUUGACUUUGAUUGAUAUCAGAGGAACAGCUAUAGACUGAGUGAUUAAUGGGGUCUUGUGUGAGGCCAGAGGGAGUCUCAAAGGUGACAUUGUCCUCUGCAAGAAGUGGGCAGGGGUCAUGCUGCAGAGGGAAACCUUUGAGGUAGAAAUGCCACGGACCAGCUUGUUCUUUUUUCUAGUAGUAAAGGAAUUGCUGUGAGGAAUUGCUGUGAUUAGAGGGUUUCCUACAGACCAGAUGGGCGGGAUAGAAAUCAAAUAAAUAAAUAAAUAAAAUAAAUAAACAGCAGAGACAGUGUGGACUAAGUGAGCUCCAUUAGAGGAGACAAGGGAUGCCACAAGGGAAGGUGGAGGAGAGCAGGGAGCGACUGGACUUGAGGAUUCUGCCAGGGGACAUACUAGUGUGUACUGGAAAUUGUUUAUUUUACAGAAAUGGCCCGAGGCGGAAGCAAAAUAAAGCAGCUGCCUUGAGUGCUGGAUUUGGGUUGCCAUGAAGUGCAACUGAUGGAAUAGAAAGCUGUCUCAUGGCUCAUAAUCUAGUCUGCUGGGGAUUAUUGGUUUUUUGUUGUUAUUUUGGUUUUCGUUGUUUUUAAGCAGCACCUAAAUAUGUGAAGGGGAACUGUACAGGAAUAUGGUAAUGCUCACAUGCCGCUUCCUUUCACUUCAAGAGGCAUUGUGCUGGAGAACACUGUAGUGAAUUGGUGUUUAAAGGGAAUACUGUUUAGAUUUCCUACCUCAGGUGCUACAAGGCCAUUGCUCUGGCUUUGGUAGACUGUCACAGACUUGAUAUGUGACAAACUAGAACAGUUAUCAAAUACUACAUAAGAUUCCAAAGGUAAUUGACAACUUGAAAUCAACACCACUGGCUCCAGAUGGCAGGCAACCAGGGUUUUUCAAAUGUGAAAUGGCUGAUGUCACAAUAAAAAAUAUGCAACCAGUUGCUUAAAUUGUUCUGUUUACAAGAAGUAAACAGCACGAUGUUCUUUUGUUUCUAAAGACUGCAAUUCAGGCUUAAUAGAUGCUUUAAAAUCAUUUAGACAAAUCAGCCAUGGCUAACUAGUUCUAUUAACAUCAAAGGCAUACUCUAAAUGUAAUAAAAUGCUGAUCUUGCCUAUUAAAUAUUUGAACUCUCAGAAAAAAAUUUAAAAAGGUUUUUCAUUAAAUUUAGUAAUUGAGGAAUAAGAAAAUGGACGUGCCUGUGUAUCAAUAAUUGGUCCAAAAUCAGGAAACAAAUCAUUUAAGCAAUGAAAUAAGAAGCAGGAUGCAAAGAAUGCCAACAAGAUCUUUCCAGACUGGGCAAACGAGCAUCAAAGUGACUGGUGGGAGUCAGUGUAAUUGAUUGUGAUGUAAUGCAUAAUGGGGUAAAAAUAAUGAAAAUCUGGACUCCCCAUAUACACUGGCAAGGUCCAAACUUACAUUGAUUCACUAGGAAGAAAUAUUGAAGUUGUUGGGAGAAAGCUCAGUGCAUACUUUGUCCAGUGUUUGGCAGCAACAAAAAUUAGAAAUUUCCCUGACAGGGAUGAUCAGAAAAAGCAAAAGAGAAAAAAAUGAAGAUACGGUAAUAUGUUUUUAUAACUCUACAGCUGAAUACUAAAAUGUUAUGUGUUUUUUCUUCAGACUUACGUGUGAAAUGCCAUGAACAAUUCUGUGGCAGGACAAGAUUCAGAAAAGACAUACUAAGAUAAAGUCAUUUUCUCUAUAAGGAAAAAGUAGAGUAUUUGGGUUUUUAUUUAUUUAUAAUACUGUAAAACUGAAGCGUGUGUGUUAUGAGAGUUAUAAAAUUAUGCAUAGUGCAGAGGAAGUGGACAGGGCUUUUUUCUUCCCUUUUUUAUAAAACUUAGACUUUAGGAUCCCCCUUAGUGAAAUUGAUGGGGAGGAUGAUCAGCACAGAGACAUGAAAGGGAGUGUGUGGUAAUUUUGAAGGCUUUCAGGCAGACUAGAAGCUAAGUGACUAGUGGCUGUAAUGGCUGAAAGGGGGCAUUGUGGUUGAAAGCCUUCUAGCGACUGAAAACCAGUUGAACAACUGCAAAGGAGAGCUAUUGUCCUAAUAUCCUCCUUUUGGGCAUUUCAGUGAGUUAUUGUGGGAGGCUAGAUACUGGUUCGAAUAGGCCUUUGAUUUGAUUCCACGGUACUGUACUUUCUUAUAUGGUCUUGUGUCCAUCUGCUGAUAUCAAAGCCCUCUCCAGAAAUCUAUUUCCAUCAAGCAAACUGUAGUCAGUGCAAGCUUGCAGAUUAUAAAGGUAAAACCAGCCUUUUAUGCUCCAAAUGGUAACUCUGAAUCCUGUGCUUCAGCAUUUAUAGCUUUGUUCUUUUUUGUCCAUUGAGACUUUCCCUCCACAUACUAUAUCACUGUAACUUAGGAAGACAUUGGCAGUGACAACUCUGUGUAGAGGCUGAGCAAAGCUCUGGUUGGCAGGAUGAUGCCUCUAGAUAAGGAUCAUCCUCAAUUCUCUGUUUGAAUAGGGAAAGCACUGCUAGGCCGGUCAACGAGUUACUUGAUGAAGACAGAAAUUGGAGGGCAUUAGAGUAGAACCCAAACAUGGGAGAGAGAAUUCUUAAGAAAUCAUGGAAUACUGCUUACAGCUUUAGAAGCCCAGCAUGUUUCAGCCUGUAUGCCUCUUAAAAUGUUUUUUUUUUCUUCAAGGGGAUUAAAAAGAACAGCCUGAGAAAAAUUUGUUAGGUAUCUUCAAAGUAGCUUAGGAGUAACUGAUUGGUAUCUUUAGAAGAUGAGAAACUGUUGAGCCAUUUGGCUUUCUACACCAAGCUUGAGAAGUCUCCUUAAGUCCAGAAAGUAAUUGCCUAACCCCUCUAAAUGUCAAGGGAUGUGAAUAGGACUCAGUGGGGCAGGGAAGAGAGUUACAGAGACCCACAAUCUACUUGGUGAAGGCAGAAAAGAAUUAAUGUGGCCCCUCAAAAAGUUCUGUUGGGAUCAGGGUAGCUGCUGUUUUGAUUCCUAGCUUUAGUUAAGAUGCAUUCUGGGGGAAAAAAUGGAGGUCUCCAAAAGGAGCUUGAGGCAUGCUAGCAAUUCUCUGCAUCUCUGGGGAAUUCAGUACCAAAUUUGGAAAACCUCUCCUCUAGGGGAAAAAAAAACAUUCUCUUCCCACACUAGGAGAGAGCCCUCCCAUCACUGCUAAACAACCCCAUUGCCCCCAACUGACAAGCCACGUUGCCUCACAAAUGCAUUUGUGAGGGUGCAACUGUCCUCUCAAUUUUGAACUUCAAUUUUCUUAGUCCUGUCAACAACUCUGUUUGGAAACCCUGUUUAGCAAUGGCCCGCACAGUGCAACAAGAAGAUGAAGAGGAUUAAAUUGUAAGCAAGAGAUAUGGCUUAAAAGAUUGCAUUCCCAUAUCUUGCGUCGAAGGGCACCUGUUUGGGAGAGGCCAGGAGCCCCAGGUUCUGGAAGCAGAGCCUUUGUGCUGUCCUACUGCAGCAAUAUGGGGGAAUUAACCUGUCACAAUAAUUGUAGAGUUGCAUUCCUUGAUGCUUACUGGGACCUAGUGCCUCAGAAAGCUGGCUGAGUGCAUUUUGCUGACCAGCAUUAUAUGCAACACUGGAUAGGCUUGCAAUGUUUUGCUGGUUCCCUCUCUGUUCUUCCAUUUUGAAAUUUGUGUCACUGCUGUUGUCUUGGUUGAUGCUGUGCUUGGUAUGGAAGGACGAGUCAGGGAGCAUAUAAUUAAUGAGCACAUGAGACCAAAAAAAAAAAAA